GGUGUCUACAUGUACAUCAUUUUUAAUAAGCAGAGAAGCACUGACAAUGGAUGUGUACUGUAGCUUUGGAAGCCCAUUUCAGACACAGCCUUAGGCCUCACUUUCAGGAAUAAUGAUAUUGCCAUCUAAAAGAGUUGCCUUUGGAACUCUUCAAUCUUGGUGCCCCCAAGUACAUAUAUGAGCUGAUGCCAUUGUCUGGUGGUAGAACAAGUGGCAUGCAGACCAUCCAGCCCCCUUCCUCCCUGGACAUAUUGUUUUAUGGGCUAAAUAAAUGCUAUGCAUGUAUUAUCUAUCAAUGAAGAUUGUUUUUCAAAAUAAUGAAUUUAAAAAACUUGAGACCUUUUUUGGGCAUAGGCGAUUACAGCAUUUGGGCAGUGGAGGGUAAGGUUGUUCAUUCACAUGGCCUUAGUGGACAUUAAUGACAGCCUGGAGCAUCCUUGUGCAGUACCCAUGAAGGGACUUGACUAGAAGUCAUUGGCUGAGCCUUUUAUACAAAUCAAUCCCUUGGCGCUCAUUUUCAACGCACCGCUGAACCACGCAGCUUGUCCAAACAGAAAUACCCUCGAAAAAUCAGUGCUCAUUUCUAGUUUUUCUACCAUAGCCCAGAAACGUGUCAAAUAUUUGCUUCCUCAGUUGAGUAUUAUGAACUCCAGAUACAUUCCUUUUGAAAAAUCUUUAUAAGUUGGCAAAAUUCAUUGAUUUAACUCCGUCAUUUUUUAGUUCAACAUUGGAGUUUCGUCAUGUUUUGGUGUCAUUUUGCAUUUAAAUUCUCCGUUUAUGCUCUCUUUCUGCUCAACUUCCCAACUUCAACCGACCAUAACUCAGGCUAGCGCGAACCUUUGACCUCCUCAAUCGUAGGGUAGUUUCUUCUAUUCAUUAGCUGUUCACCCCGUCUUUAUGGAAACAAUGUUUUGCUACCAAUGAAAUAACAGUUCAAAUCGUGCAUUCAGCCAUCAGCUUCCAUGUGUAUAUGUGCACAACGUACGUAUAGUGCAUGUGCGUGCAUGUGGUGGCCACGUUGCAUCGAGACAGCAGAAAUUUUCGGUGCGCAUGGGAAAAACUGUUCUCUUUGAAAGACAAACUAAAUGAUGACCAAUGGCACACCGUCAACUACACUAAGACACCAAUGGAGGGAGAUUUGUUGAUCAGUGUCGAUUCUACAACAGUUGGUCUGAGCUUGUAUCAGACUGAUGCUGUCAUUGAAUGGCAACAGAACCUAGAUUCACUAUCUGCCGUGUUCUUUGGAGGUCUAAACCCAAGCUCAUCUGCCAUGGCACCUAAGGAUUUCCAUCAUUUAACUGGAUGUAUGGACAGCAUAUACUUUCUGACUGAUGGCAUGGAAUCCUGGAACCACAUGAACUACACUAUGCAAGAGGGAACUGUUCCCGGCUGUGUAGAUCUGUGUGCAUCAGAAAUGCCAUGCUUGAAUGGUCGUUGCAUCAACUCAUACGCCAGUACAUAUUGCGACUGCUUUGAGUCAGGUUACCAUGGUCAUAAGUGUGAAAUUCCAGGAAAUGCCAUGGUGACAUUUCAAGGCUUCAACUACCUAGAAUAUGACAUUUUUUCAUCUGGUAACGAAAGACCAUUGGAGAAGAAUCACAUCAACUUGAGUUUCAAGGUGGGAAGAGAACAACUAGUUGGGACAUUGUUAUAUGCCAGUGGGGUAGUGCCCGUUCAGACCUACUUAACUGUUUCCUUGAAGAAGGGUCGUUUAGUGGUGAACGUCAAACUGGGUAGCUCUCUCAAUACCUUCCAGUUUGAAGGCCAACCUGCUGUUAAUGAUGACAGAUGGCACUAUGUGACCUUCAUCCACAAUGGCAAGAACUUGGAGGUUCAGCUGGAUGGGCGGAGCUACCAUCAGGAGGUAGCUGAUGGGACUGGUCUCUUCCAUUUUGGAGGUCCAGCACUGAUAGGUGGUGGUCAGAACCUGAAUGGAUACCCAGGUCUUGAUGAACCAGCCAAUUUUGUUGGCUGCUUACGAGAGAUCUAUAUUGACAGAUACAAUGUCCUUGAAGCACUGUAUAUGAAUAUUUCUGGGGUGAGGUUCCAUGGUGGAGAUCCUGUCAAGCAGUGUCGACCGGUUGGCUAUCCACCCAUAACAUUCCCAUCUCAUCAGUCCAAUCUUAUCCUGGAUGGAUGGAAGAAUGGAAGCCUGAAUAUCAUGUUUGACCUGAAGACAGAUCAAGGUGAUGGACUGGUCAUGCUGGUAUUGCUAGACGUCGACAAGAAGUUGGAAGGCAGAUUGAGGAUGGAGCUGAUUGAUACAGCCCUACUUUUACACCUGGAUAUCGGCACAGCUCCUGGACAACGUUUGUCACGCACUACACUCAAGACCAGCCCUGGCGUUAAUGAUACAAGAUGGCAUAGAGUGGCACUUCAUCUUAGAGAUGGGGUCUGCUCAUUUGUAGUGGAUGGUAGGAAUUUGGAGUUUACAUAUUCCCACCAGUUAUCAGCAAGCUCCUCGCUGUAUCUAGGAGGAGGAUGGAGAGGACAAGGAACAGGUAUAAAGGGCUGUGUUCGUCACAUCGUUCUUCAAGAGAAGGAGAUCAUAGCCACACAGGUUUUGGGUACUGCUGCAGCUAAUGGCGUGAUACUGGACAACUGUCCUGUUUCCAAUCCGUGUGCUGCUGGUGAGUUUGUCUGUCAACACGGAGGGACUUGCAGUCACGCCAGUGGAGGGACGAGGUGUAACUGUGAAGGCACUGGUUAUGUUGGAGCAAUGUGCAGUUACUCGAUGUACAAAGAAAGUUGUACCCACCUGUACCACUCUGGAGAUCAGGAUUCUGGAGUCAAGGUACUAGACUUGGAUGGACCAGGGCCACUGAAUGCAACUUAUGUCAACUGCACUUACAGAUCUGGAAAGGCAGAGACUACUAUUGAGCAUAACUUUGCUCCCAGAACUCUUGUACGCGAUGUUCACCUACCCAGCCUGGAAUUCAACAUUACCUACCAGUACAUGACUAACGAGCAUCUGAAACAGCUUGUUAUCAACUCCCAAACCUGCAGGCAGUAUUUCAGUUACUGGUGUUUUGAAGCACCCCUGCAUGUCAGAAGGGGAUGGACAGCUUUGCACAGUGCUGCUGGCAGGAGACUUCGUUACUACAACCUACCAUUUGUUACUCACUGUGACCUCAAUGCCAAAGAAUGGAAUGUUGACCAGGGUAUCAUCACCAAUAUGCCAUCAUUGCCCAUUGCCAGUAUGCAGUUCUACAAGGUACAAACAUAUGUCCAUGGAACAACCAAAGGCACAUUGUCCUUAGGCCCCCUGCAGUGUUCCAGUAGUCUUACUGAACAGAGGGGUCGCACUGUCACUAUCUCACGUUCACAAGACUACAUCACAUUGAAAACAUGGAAGAGUAACUCUCUGUCUUUUAAGUUCCGCACAUCUAUGGAGAACAUCGUUCUCUUCCAUCAGAUGGGCAGUGGAAGUGAUUCCCAUUCACUGACUGGAAUUCUAAAGGAUGCGUUCAGUGUCUGGCUCAUACUUGAGAUAAAUGGCGAUUUUUAUGAUGGUCAUGUGAAAUCUCCCCGACGUUUGACUGACGGCAACUGGCAUACUCUAACUGUGGAACGAAGCUUGAUUGACUUCCGUGUCACCGUGGAUUUCACUGAGGGAUUCCUCAAUCUUCCAAAAGGAGUUACUUUGAUGCUUGCUGGACCAUUUCUUCUUGGUGGAAUGAAGGAGUUACCCAAAGGUACUGAGGGUAUGACAGGAUGCAUUGCAGACUUCACGUUCAACGGAGAUGUUGUCUUUCUCUUUGAUCACUUUGAACAUGAAGAACAUCUCCAAAUAGAGGCAGGCUGUGUGACUUCAUGUGACUCCAAUCCGUGUCAAAAUGGAGGCACCUGUGUUGACCGCUGGAGUUCCUACACAUGCAGCUGCGCACACCCGGCGCACUCAGGCCCAGACUGUAGCAGAGACAACACCAAGGAUGUAGUCUCCUUCACAAGCGAAGAUCUUUUCUUGGAAUUUGAGGCUGAAAAUGCCGACAUCUUAACCUCAGAUAUGCAGCUUGGUUUCCGCACUCUUCAGUCCAAUGCAUUAAUUCUGUAUGCGCGUGAUAACUUGAACAACUUCGUCCAGAUGGAAUUGGUUGAUGAUAGCACUUUUGGCUUUACAUUCAAUGCCGGAAGGGAUGUCCACAGGGUGGUCGUUAAUGCUAAUGAGAGUGUAUGUCCAGUACCAUUAAGCAACCCAGUGUUGUGUGCCCACCUGUGCCAAGAUGAUUCACACUGCAACUCUGGUAUGAAAUGCUGCUUCACUGGUUGUGGAACUGAAUGUGUCAUGCCAAUUGGAGGUGGUGUCUUAAAUGAUGGUGAAUGGGUGGAGGUUAGUGUGCAAAGAAAGGACGACAUGACAGUAGUGAACAUCAAUCAACACCAGGCAGAGAUCGGGGUACCGGUUAACCUACUGACAGAGUUCUAUGCUCAACCAUUUCAGGAUGAAGAAAUUAUACAGCCAAAUCAAGAGUUAAGGACAUCUGGUAAAUCGAUGGUUCACAUCAUUAUUGGAGGUGCUCCGAACUCCUUAACUCUCUUACCUGGACUAAUGGGAUGCGUCAGGGGGCUCAUUGUCAACGGUCAGCCUGUUGGACUCCAGGAAAUUGUCCACAUCAUGCGAAGGCUGUUUUCCUCGAAAGCUCCUUUGUUGCAGUGUGAGAACCACUGCUCAGCGAACCCUUGCAAGAAUGGCGGUAUAUGCACUGAGCACUGGACAAGCUUUAGCUGCAAUUGCAGUGGAACAACAUACACAGGGAACACGUGUGAAGGAGAGUCUGGGGCCCAGUUCCAAGAUGAUUCCACACUCACAGUGCCUCUCCCGAUGGGUACACCAUUAGCAGGCUUGCAGCAAGAUGCUCUUGAGUUUGGCUUCAGCACCAAUCAACCCUCAGGAGUACUAUUCUAUGUCAGGAGUGAUGAAAGCAGUGGUGCUGAGGAGAGGCUUAUGAUUGCUCUGCAUGGAGGUGAUCUGGAGGCACACAUUGAUCUAGGAGGAGGAUUAACUGUUUUACGUGUUGUGGGUCCAUUUAAUGAUACCUAUCGUCAUGCUGUGGUCUUCAAACGCUUUGGAAAUAGAGUUCUAUUUGAUGUGGAUAACAUCGGGUUUGACUAUGAGACAUUGGAGCCCAUUGAAGAGACAGAGUUCAAUGAUAGGAAACUGAUGAUAAUUGGUGGAGUGGAGGUGAAUCAGACUGACUAUGGACUUCGGGGGCUACAUGGAUAUGAAGGAUGUCUAACAGGUCUAACCUACAAUGGUAUGCAGCCAUUUGAGACUCUUUUCACCAGUAAUCCAGAAAGGGACCGUAGUAACUCCGUACAUCGUCAGCAGUGUUCAGGUUUCCAGUCUGAGGAAGAAGGCACUACAGUGACUACCACACUCAUGCCCCGCACAGAAUCAACAGAGAUAUUCACCAUGGGGCUGUGGGAUCCUCAACCUGUCGAAGGCGUCAAAGUGGACAUGCCUCCAGAACUUGCAGCAAACUCUGCAGUGAACUGGGUCCUCAUUGGCGCAGUUAGUGGUGGUGCUGCUGCUGUCUUGCUGUUCCUUCUGUGCUGUUGUUGCAUCCUGAGAACUGGCAAGGAGGAGGAAGCAGCAGAGUACGAAGAGAAACAACAACUGGUUCAGCCCCAGGAUGAAGUACGUGUUGUGCAUCCAGUGCGUGAAGAAGCUGCCGAGGCCAAAUGCCUAGAUGCUCCUCCAGAAGAACCAAAAGACAGUCCUGCACCAGCCCAUUCUCCAAAACUUCAGGAAAUCCUGCGGGUGGAUACCUGUAAAGGCCCAGUGGUAGUAGUGGCAGGUGACAAGCUUUCUUCUGUUGAUAGCUUGAGUGAUGAUGCAGCCUUUCUGCAGUUGGAAGCUGAAGCUGGCUCACCAGACAAAGAAGUCGUGAAUACCAAGGAAAGUCUACAUGAAGACGACACCCUAAAGGCGCACAAGGAGUCGGCUUACCUCAAAAGUACAACGACUGAAAUGGAGACCGCACAGGUCGCCCCCAUUCCUGUCAUGACGGAGUCUGAAGAGAACCUAGUGGAGCAGCUUAGAGCUCCGUCGAAACCGGACGCAGAUGUCGCUGAGGACUCCACCCCAGCGAAGCAAAAAACACCUGAGUCGGAAACAGAUGAGACCUGCGUCUGAUACAAAGGGACGCACGCAGAUUUCUCCCACAAUCCCAACCUUAAGAGGCUCAUCUGAGGUAAAUAUCAUUUAUUGUUGCACACCAUCGUUGGGUUUUAUCGGUAAUGUUCACACGCUUAUAUCAAGGGGGAAAUUUCUCUGGAAUUUUGACCUGAAAGUUGUGAAUUGCCAAAUGUUAUCGCUCAUCAGGUUUUGCUCCAUUUUGUGGAAUUUUGAUCAAAUAAUCAAGUGCAAGAUUCAAACAGUAAUUUGCCAUUUUGUGAAAGAAUUCUCAUCUUGUUAGUCGUUCAAGCCCUGAAGAUACAUGGUAUUUUAUUUCUUUAAAUUUAUUCCACUUCUUUAGAUUUAGUCCAUUAGGUGAAAGUUGCUUGGAUUGAAAAGAGUUAAGCCUUUAACAAGCAUUCGUUGUUAUGGAUCUGUUUCAAAGUCUACCCGCAUAUGGGGCUUUUGCAGUGGAGACUGCCAAAUUGGAUUUAAAAAUUUAAUACAUUUGUUAAAAGUGUCAGAUUGCUAAACGCCGAUAGGUACACGAAGCGCCACAAUGGAAUGACAACGUUCAUGGGAAGCAAAUCGUAUGGGCACACGUAUUACCAUUCACAGGCAAAAUCCACAAUAAUGACUGGAAAAGGAUGGCUCAAGGUGUGAGUUCGAGGGUAAAGGGUUUCGUCCCCAGCACCCUUUAGACGAGCACUCGUUCGAUGUGCAUGAGGAUUAAAGUGCCAGACGUACACGUAUACUAGUCAGCCAUAAACAGAAAAUGCGUUCGCAGUAUUGUCACUUUAUUUUAUUACCUCAGCCCCCAAGCUAGAAAUCCGGGGUGUAUAUUCAAGAAUGGCUUAUUCAUUAGUCGCACUUAAUGCCUUUUGAAUUCACAGUCUGAGUUUAAGAGACAAGGAUAAUAUACUUUGCCAAUCUUCACAAAAGACCAGCAAGCCAAUACUUAGUCCAGCGGUGUUAUGGGAUCGAAAGUAUAGUAUCCCUCCAUAAACUCUAGUGUUAGAUCAACUGGAAAACCUGUUUUUGUUCCAUUUUCACUUUUGCUGUUUGAACUUUAUACUUUAAUUUAUCAUUUAAAUAGAAUGAAUAGGUGAAUGGAAAUGUGUCCUUUCCCUUUUCUCUAUUUUGAUUUCAUAGUAUUUUUUUUUAUAAGGGCACUUCUCUCUCCCAGAAUGUCAAUUGAGAAGUCUGCAUGAUGAUUUGCUGUGUUUUUUAGAAAAAAUGCGUUAGCAAUAAUUCAAAUUGGUGUCAGAAAUCCAAUUAGCCUGAUAUGCGUGCCUAUAGCCUGUGCUUCGCUGAGGCUUUACGUUUUAGACAUACGACAGAUUUUCUACAUGGAGACUGAAUGAAAGGUUUUGCAUAAACGAGUAUUUUUUAAGAGAAUUGAGAUUAGAAGUUACACCUUUAACACAAGUUAAAUACCAGAUGUGCUCGUCAAACUUGCCGACCCGUAGAUUUGCAUUUGUGACUAAUCAGAACAAGUUAUGUUUUAAGCUCAAAGUGUCAAUUCAUUUUACAGGCUUGGCGACAUAGUGAUACAUUAUUACGACCUUUUCUUUGUACAUGUACUUUAAUAUGCCUUACGUUUACACUGGAUGGCUGUAAAUUAAAAGCCAAGUCAUUUAAAUCUCAAAACUUCACAACAAACAACAGUGGAACAGCAGUAGUGUAUACAUUUACGGGUACAAAUAGCACGGAAGUUAAACCAUAUUGAAUUUAAUUGGGACCCGAAAUCUGGGGACCCGAAAAAGAAACCCCACUUAUCCGAGAAGUGCAUUUUAUGUGUCGUAUAGCUACGGAAGGGGGCGGUAUACAGGGGUUGCUCCUCCCCCAUCGGAGGUGCAUGCCCAGUAGCCCCCAGCAAUAAGCCUUUUGCAAGUUAACUUUGACCCAAAUCUGGUACACUGAGUUCUUUAAAUUCAUGUGAACAUAACAACUUGAAGUCUCCUCACUAAAACCACUAUUGCUAUAACUAGUGAUUUGGUGCAAGCUUUUGCUUAGUUACAUAAGAGACGCCUUGCAACAAUACACUGUUCUCAAUGGAUGAGAAGGGCACA